AUGCAGAAUGAUCCAGGGUCCCUUAAAUGUCGUGCCCGUAGUGAAGAGUUCUCGAAUCGAGAGCCAAUGGUGGAUGAUCGAGUGAUUGACAUCAUUAAGGCACUUGGUUUGGAGGGACUUCUCAGGACUCCGGGUAGAGAGAUUGAUCAUGGCCUGAUAACGGCCUUAGUGGAGCGAUGGCGGCCCGAGACUCACACAUUCCACAUGCCGCAUGGUGAGGUCACCAUCACAUUGCAGGAUGUGGAGGUUCUUCUUGGACUUCCUGUUGAUGGUGACGCUAUAACAAGGAGCACACAAAAAAUAUGGGAGACUGUGUGCGAUGAGUACCUUGGCUUUCGACCUGCCAAUGAAGACCAUCUGGAACGUAGUGGCCAGAGGAUUCUCAUCAAACGGCUUUUGGAGCAAGUUGCCGAUCCACUGCCGCCUAAUGCUGAAGACGAUGAAGUGCAUAGGUACGCACGAUGCUACAUCCUAGCGCUAUUGGGGGACACAAUCUUCAUGGACAAAUCCGGUGAUAGGGUGCAUCUAAUGUGGGUGCAGCAGUUGGAAGACCUUCGCAACCCACGAAGGUAUAGUUGGGGAAGUGCUUGCCUUGCAUGGCUGUACCGACAGUUAUGCAAGGCAAGUGAUAAGAAAGCUAGUCAGAUUGGUGGGUGUUUAUUGUUGGUCCAGUAUUGGGUGUGGGCCAGAUUCCCCUAUUUGUGCUCGGCAGUUGAGCGUGGCCCACCAGUGGGUGCUUAUGGUCCUCCAGUGCGUGGUCCACUGUCCCUUAAGUAA